AUGCUUUUCUUCCAUUGCAGAGGGAAAGACAGAUGCCGACACUUUGUGAUCAGUUGCCCCCGGAAUGGGCAGUAUGUCGUAUCAGGGGACACCUGUACCCAUCAAAGCCUCGCUGAACUCAUAAGCUACUACCAGACAGCCGAAAUUGAACCUUUUGGAGAGCAUCUUACUACAGCCUGUUCAAAGCUGGAGGAAAAAAGCAUAUAUGAUGAAAUCUCUUUGGAUCAACAAACAUCUUCAAAGCAAAGCUCUGCAGAUACUGCCUUAAUGCUGACCAGACAAGCAUCCAGCAGCUCAUCAAACAUCAAGCCAGCAAAGGAGAACAACAGCAACCAACCCACAAAUCCAAGGGGGAAACUUCAGGAACAACAGAAGUCCUUAUCAAAGGAGAGGCAACAUCUGAGCCAAGAGGACCCUGAUGAAGCUCCACCAAUACCAGAUAGGAGCAGGUUGCUGACAUCAGAGCAAUCUGAGGAGGACACUGGUGAUGAAGGAAACUUGGUUUAUUCAGUACUUAAGAAACACCAUUUAGACAACAGGAGUCUGGAGGUGCCAAUACACAUGAGCAAAGGUUAUAUGGACAACUCACAGAAAACUGAAGAGCUUGUCCAAGCUAGCUCAUCUUCCAGCAAAACAAGGACAAGUGCAGUAUUUGCAUUAGCUAAGCAGUCUGAGAGAUUAUGCAGCAAAAAAUUAAAUCUGAUAGAACCUCCUGUCCCUGAAACAAUUUAUUCUGAAAUUAGCGUAGACCAAGGCAAAAGCCAUCGGACACUCCCCGAGUCUCACAGUGGUCCAUCCUCUUUUACUCCAUCAAAGAAAGCAACUCUAAGCUCUCCUACUUCAACUCCUCCAAAGUUGUCUCCUAAAUUACCUAAUAAACCAAAGGCCUCGACAGAGCUCCAAGGCUCCCAGCUUCCAGUUACAAUGUAUGCAACCUCUCUUGUGGUUGUAGAAGAACAUCGAAAACCAAACCAAACCAAGGCUUUGCCUGAUUUGAAAAAGGGAACGAAAUCCCAUCCAUCUACAGUGUCUGGCUGUGAUGAUACAACUUAUGAACAGAUUCCUUUUGGGUGGUUGAAGAGUAUCACCCACAAGCAUGAUUCAGAAAUGCUUUCCAAGUCAUCACCAAUGAAACCCAAAGAGACUUAUGACCAAAUCUCUACCAAAACGGGACGAUCUUCCAAGACACAGGUCUAUACUGAGAAUCCAUACGAAAAGAUCCCUGAUCAUUUCUCCAAAGGGUCAGCAUCAGCAAGGCAUGUACCUACAGCAGAGAAUACCUAUGAGAAGAUCAGCUUUGGCCUUGCAAAGGGAACAGAGGCAACGCCAAACCAAAAGAGUGAUAAACCUAGAAAGUUCCUCUUUGCGGAGAAGAAGACUAAAUUCUGA